AUGGCCACACAACUACUCCCCCUUGAGCUCAUCGACAAGUGCGUCGGCUCAAGGAUAUGGGUCAUCAUGAAGGGCGACAAGGAAUUUAGCGGAACUCUCGUAGGAUUUGACGACUACGUUAACAUGGUCCUGGAAGAUGUCACAGAAUUUGACUACUCUGGUCAACACGUUAAGCUUCCCAAGAUUCUAUUGAACGGGAACAACAUCUGCAUGCUAAUCCCUGGAGGCGAGGGGCCGGUUUCUUGA